GAAAUUCGGCCAGGCUGAGAAGACCGAGCUCGAUGCCAACUUUGAGAACCUUCUGGCCCGGGCAGACAGCACCAAAAACUGGACGGAGAAAAUCCUGAGGCAGACAGAGGUGCUGCUGCAGCCCAACCCAAGUGCCCGAGUGGAGGAGUUCCUGUAUGAGAAGCUGGACAGGAAGGUGCCCUCGAGGGUCACCAACGGGGAGCUGCUGGCUCAGUACAUGGCAGAGGCGGCCAGUGAGCUGGGGCCCACCACGCCCUACGUCUCUCCUGAGGGUGCUACACACACACACAUAGCCUUCCAGAGCACCACAGAUGUCUGGAGUUUAUCAAGGCCCACCAUGACAGUCUCAUUUCCCAGAUCUCCUGUUAUAUUUUUAGCAGGGAAGACACUGAUUAAGGUGGCAGAAGCAGAAAAGCGCCUGGGAGCCGCAGAGAGAGAUUUUAUCCACAUGGCUUCCAUCAACUUCCUCACGCCCCUGCGCAACUUCCUGGAAGGGGACUGGAAGACGAUUUCGAAGGAGAGGCGACUCCUUCAAAACCGGCGUCUAGACUUGGAUGCCUGCAAAGCCCGGCUGAAGAAGGCCAAGGCUGCAGAAGCCAAAGCCACGUGUGAGGGAGAUACGGUGCCUGACUUUCAGGAGACUAGACCGCGUAAUUACAUUCUCUCGGCCAGCGCCUCCGCGCUCUGGAAUGAUGAGGUGGACAAGGCCGAGCAGGAGCUCCGAGUGGCCCAGACAGAGUUUGACCGGCAGGCAGAGGUGACCCGUCUCCUACUGGAGGGGAUUAGUAGCACUCACGUGAAUCACCUUCGCUGCCUCCAUGAGUUCGUUGAGUCUCAGACAACUUACUAUGCCCAGUGCUACCGCCACAUGCUGGACCUGCAGAAGCAGCUGGGCAGAUUUCCAGGCACCUUCGUGGGCACCACAGAACCCGCCUCCCCGCCCCUCAGCAGCACGUCGCCCACCACCACUGCAGCCACUAUGCCUGUGGGGCCCUCCGUGGCCGGCCUGGCCCCUCCAGGGGAGGCCGCCCUCCGCCUGGAGGAGGUGGCCCCUCCUGCCAGUGGGACCCGGAAGGCCCGCGUGCUCUACGACUACGAAGCAGCUGACAGCAGCGAGCUGGCCCUGCUGGCUGAUGAGCUCAUCACCGUCUACAGCCUGCCUGGCAUGGACCCUGACUGGCUCAUUGGCGAGAGAGGCAACAAGAAGGGCAAGGUCCCCGUCACCUACUUGGAACUGCUCAGCUAAGCAGGCCCCCUCCCAGACCCUGCCCGUUCCGGCCUGGGCAGGAGAGGACGGGUGCAGCCCUGCCACUAGUCUUGUCUGUUGGUGACCCAGCUGCUCAGGGUGGGGAGACGAACCCCAUCCCGUCCUGCUGUGAGGGGCCCCAGAGGCUGAAUGAUCCUGGCCCCUCCCCCAGCCCUGCUUUUGACCUGGUUCUGGAGCCCCCAACCCUGCCUGCGUCCCUGAGCGCCCCAGCCCUCCCGGCUUCUCCUAAGGAGGGAGGGGCUGGCUGCAGCAGCUGCACUCAGCGCCUUGGCCUGUGGGGGUCAGUGCAGACGGCCUGAGGAAGCCCUGGGGUGCACCCUUGGCAAGAGAGCACCUGCCUUUUAGUUGCCAAAAGCAGCGAAGGGGAAAAGGCAGGCAGGUCUGUGGCAGGCCCGGGGACUGGGUGCUGGCCCCUCUGGAUGAGCUGGAGCGGAGGGCAGCCUGGCCAGAGAGGCAGGGCCAGGCUACGGAGCGGCAUCUCCCCGGUGCUACCCUUCCCUUCCCGCCCCUACAGCUCAAGCCAAGUACGGUGGCUGCAGCCUGCACCUCUUCACACACUCACUUUUUAACUGAUCUUUUUACUCUGCCUGUCUGCUUGCUCUCUGGCCGGUGACAAAUAAACCAUCCUUCGUGUGCA